AUGGACUAUAGCUUUAAAGCUGACGCAUGUAGCAACCUGUCGGUGCUCUUGACCCAUUCCAUUUUUCCACGUCUCGACCGGUGUGAUGGAUUCCUCUAUAGCGAGAAUAGCCCGUUGCUCCAAAAUCUGGGCGUCAGGCAUGCCAAGCCUCCUUGCAUUGGAUACGAGAGCUUCCCACUGGAAAAUCUUGCCGUUGGUGAGCCCGGUCCUGGGCCUUCUCCCAAGUCGACGAGAGGCCAACCCUGGCCGUCGGUCGUCUGGUUUCUGCUGAAGAUCAUCGGACUGUACAACUACCGGCGCAUUGUGACGCGGCGGCCGUGCCAUCUUUGCCACUUGGCCGCCGUGAAGAGGCGGCUCCAGCGGGCCGGCGGGGAGAAGGCUGAUACCGGCCGCUGCGGCCUCUAUCCCGGAGCGGCGAUGCCGAUGAACCUCGGUGAAGACGGCAAUGAUGAUGGUGAUGAUUGCAAGGAGGAGCAGCUGGUCUGUCUGGUGGAAGGCAACAUGAACACGGUUUUCGAUAAAGACGGUCCGGGGAGUCCUGCCGAUGAGGUGUGUGCAGUUUGCCGGAGCGAAUGGUGGGAUGGAUGGGGAAGGUGCCGCCCGUACUCGGAAACCGAUAUUGGUGUCCGGAAAUGGAACCACUGCGGCAGUGCAGUACUCUCUCUCAUCUGGCCCUUGACGCUGAUUGGUCUCAUCAUGUACGACUUCUGCAACUAUCUCCAUGACUACUGGGGACACGAGGAGCAACUCAUCCGCCUUAUCAGCUACUCCACCUUCCUCUCAUUCAACUUGUCCAGCCCGCUCAUGAGCCUCGUGGCCAACAUCCAGAACAUGAUGGUGGAUCACCGGUGGUCGAGUAGGCGCCGCGGCUUCAGCUGGUACGAGUGCCUGAGCGUGCGGUUCAUCGUGAAACGCCUGCAGCACUUGGGGCUGGGCGAGCAGGGUCUGGUGUACAAGCCGUACCUCACGGUGUGCAUCGUUUGGCCAGUCGUAAACGGGGUAUACCGCGCUUUCAUCUACUACAUCUUCGUUGUGAGAAAAUCCAUGAAUUCCCAUAUGCAGAUCUCUCUUGCCACGGGCGCUGUGAGCAUGGUAGUCUGGGGAAGCUUCUGUUAUCUGAUGCUCCUGAUGCGUUUGUCCUUUCAGAAACAGCAGCGCUUGGAGCUGUCCUUUCUCUGGCGUCACGCGGGGCAGGUUGACGUCUGCAGGGGCCGGCUGGCUCUGUACGCCCAAGACCUCGGCAGCAUGUGUAGGCUUGUCUCCGCUUGGGUCAUCAUGGUUGUAGCGGUCUCCACCUGGGCUUUCACCACCCAGAUCUCCAGGGACUACCUGGCCAUCAGCAGCGACCUCAAGUUGAAGAAUGCGAACCUGGUGGUCAAUAUCAACAUCAUGAUCUGGUCCGAGAACUUCAUGUUCCUGAUCCUACCCCUGGUGGCGCUUGGCGGCUUCGACCUGAACAAAACCUGGGUCCAGUUCGUCAGAAACGUCAGCCAGAUGAGGUCAGAGGCACAGGAGGUUUUUUGGGACAAGCUUCUGGUCUUCUGCGAGGAGCAGUCUCCGGUCUACAGGGUGGAGACCACUGAUCUC